CCCAGCUCCCCACGUCCUAACCUCUGCCACUUAACUUAGCACCACCAAGCAUCAAGUCAACUCCCGCCAACUCCGCCCACUUUCAAUCAACCUCACCUCACUAUCGUUCCUCUCCAGCCGCCUCACAUCGCUACCACAUUAACCUUCCACCUGGUCCUGAUCGAAAGCCUGCACUGCCAUCUCACACAUUGGCCCUGCAAUGACGGCCAUGGAACAACAACAAGACGACUUCUCCAACGUCUCGUGGAGCGAACACGUCCACGACCAGACAUCUCGCCAUGUUCCUCCCGCUGAAGAGCCCGGUCAUGAUAUGAAUGCGCCCGGGACCGGUCUAGAGAUAGAUGCCCCGUCGCUGGGGAAUGAGGUGCUGGAGUGCACUGUUGGAACGCCCAUCAAGGAAAAUGACGGUACCAAGGAUGCUUUUGUCUCGUAUCUCAUCACCACACACUCUACCUUCUCUGCCUUUCAGCGCUCAACUACAACCGUCCGCCGUCGCUUCACAGACUUCGUAUUUCUCUACAAACAACUCACCCGCGAAUAUCCCGCCGCUGCCGUACCCCCUCUGCCCGACAAGCAACGCAUGGAAUAUGUCCGCGGCGACCGCUUCGGCUCUGACUUUACCGCCCGUCGCGCCCACUCCCUCCAGCGCUUCUUGAUCCGACUCUCCCUUCAUCCUACACUGCGCCGCGCUCCCAUCCUGCAUACGUUCCUCGAGAGCCAUGAUUGGAAUGCUACCAUGCGCAGUCGUGGUGCGCGCAGUAGCUCUGCCAGUGAUCCUGGAUCUGCGGGGGUGUUUGAUAACUUUGCUGAUACGUUCAUCAAUGCUUUUACGAAGCUGCAUCGCCCGGAUCGUCGGUUCCUUGAGGUCAAGGAGAAGAGCGACAAGCUUGAUGAUGAUCUUGGGCACAUUGAAAAGGUUAUUGCUCGGGUUGCCAGGCGAGAGACAGAUUUGGAGGUGGACUUGCGAGAUCUCGCAGAGCAGUUCCAAAAGCUCAUUCCUCUUGAACCCCAUGUCGAACCCGCAGUUCACGGCUUCUCCGCUUCCAUCGAAGACACAGCGACUCAUCUACGAAAACUCAAAGACGUCACCGACCAAGACUACCUCGGUUCCCUGCGCGACAUGCAAGCCUACUCCAUCGCCCUCAAAAACCUCCUCAAAGCGCGCGAGCAGAAACAGCUCGACUACGAACAACUCACCGAAUAUCUCAACAAAUCCACCACCGAGCGCGACACCCUCCAAUCCGGGCAUCACGGCGGUUCCGGUGCCGGGAGUUUUCUGCGCGCCAAGAUCGAAGACGUGCGCGGCGUAGACCACGAACAAGCACGUCGCGAGCGCACGCGCAAGCUGGAACUCCGUGUUGAAGAGCUAACUCACGAGGUUGAGAGCGCUCGCAAGACGAGCGACAUGUUUGACGAUGAGGUUGUUAAGGAGGUAGCUGAUUUUGAGCGCAUCAAGCGGAUUGAGAUGAAGAGUCAGCUGGGGGGACUUGCGGAUGCGCAUAUUGAGUUUUAUGGUGAGGUUGCUAGUAUUUGGGAAAAGUAUGUGCAGGAGAUGGAGAAGGAGGGGAUUGUGAGUGCGUAGUGGUAAGAGUGGGAUUGAAGUUCUAUUGGGCGUUUAUUAGGAUAUGGCGUUUGGGUUGUUUAGAUGAUGGUGAUGAGGACUCGACUAAAGUAGCUCGUCUAGAAUAAAGAUAUUCAUGGCAAUAGCAGUCAGCAACAGUGAACAAAGGGCAUUGAAGAGUCUCGAGAGCAAGUAUUGCUU